CAAAGAAAUUAUUGAGAGUAAUCAUAAAAAAAAAAAAAAUGUCAGACACUUUCGAAAUAUAAAUGCACGAGCGUGUUUCUUUAUCUUUGGGCAGUUUUAUGCAACCAGGUUUUUAUACAGUACUAAAUCAAACAAGCCAUUUUCAUUUUUUGAAUCGUCAAAAUGACACGUGAUUUAAGAAUACAGAGUAUUUUUUUCUGCUUUAAGCACAAUACUUUUAUGCAGUUUGUAUAAGUUAUAGUAUAGAUACAUGUACGAAAGCUAAAUAAAAAUAUUUUCCACAGUUUUGCAGUGUGUUGCAAACGUCAAAGCGUAAUAAAAAAUCCCCUCUGCUGAAUUUGCUGCCACGUCCUCGACAAAAACGUUAAACGUUAUUGUCGUUGCUUUGUUAGACAAAAACAGACUAAACAAUGAAGAACACGACCUUGUGAGCAGCGAGUCUGUGGCCGUGAUUACUAUCCAGGGAGUGACCCUGGUCUGUCUCCAAAGAUACUACAAAACACUCCGGAUAAAGUCGAGCAAUGGACGAGGAUCAGCCUGCUGAGGAGACUACAUUUGUUGUGGACGAGAUUACCACAGUUAUCAAAGAAGCUGUUGAAAGCACCAUUGGAAACAGCUCUUACCAGCACAGUCAAAUCAACCAGUGGAUGUCAAGCAUCGUAGAGUCAAGUCUAAGCCAGCUAACUAAAUUAGGAAAGCCUUUCAAGUACAUAGUGACAUGCAUCAUACUCCAAAAAAAUGGGGCAGGUUUGCACACUGCCAGCUCAUGUUUCUGGGACAACAGUACAGAUGGGAGUUGCAAGGUACGAUGGGAGAAUAAAACCAUAUACUGCAUAGUUAGUGUUUUCGGGUUUGCCAUUUGAGCAUGAAUAUCAACAUGCAGGCCUGUCUCCUGUUCAAUGGUUUCCAAACAUUUUUGUAAGCCUCAUAAACAAGCAGUGAUGUCCCGGUUUAAUUUGAAUAAAACCUGAAUAAAUUUAUUUGCAAUUC